GUGACAGCGGAAUGUAAACAGCCCCGAACACGAACCCGGACACGAACCGAACCAGAGCCCGAACCGGAGCCCGAACCGGAGCCCGAACCGGAGCCUGAACCGGAGCCUGUCCCCGUCUCUGUCCCGCUGUGUCCCGGAGCUCCAGGGGCCGAUUUUGUCGGCGCCUCGUGGGGUCACGCUCGGGGUCGGGGUCAAAGUUCGUCUGGAUCCUGUUUUUCCUCCAAAGUUGAACCAAAACAAACGUCAGGAGCGGGGGGCGGGGUUUGACCGAGGGCGUCCAAUCAUGGAGAGCCCUCAGGUGUCGGCUGACCGUCUCCACGGCGAAGGGGACACCGCACUUCCUGCCCGAGUGAAAGGGGAGGAGCCUGCAGCAGAGAGGGCGGAGUCAGAGGUGAGGCUGUGUGUGGAGGAGAGCUCCGCCAUGACGCCCUCAGACGAACUGCACUCCACUGACUCCGCCUCCUUCCCCAGCCUCACCGACGACGACAUCACCGACGACAUCAUCACCGACGACAUCACCACCAACGACAUCACUACAGAUGACAUCACCACGGACGACAUCACCACGGUGGGCGGGCUGACGCCGGAGCCCCCGCUGAGAGACGAGGAGGGAGAGGGCUCAAAGACAGAUUUCUCAGAAAGUGCCGCUGCAGCCCCGCCCUCCCCGUCGAUAACCACGCCCCCUUCCUCUUCAGACACGCCCACAUGCGCCGAAGCUCCUCCCAAAGCCACAGAAGCACCUCCCCCCUCCGUAACCCCGCCUUCCGCAGAUGUAGCCCCUCCCACCACCACGUCCUCAGCCCCUCCCUCUGCCGCGGCGGGGGCGGGGGCCUGUGGGGGCCUGGGGCCUGUGGGGGCGGGGUCACAGGGGGCGGCGCCACAGGAGGUGUACCUGGUGAAGUGGAUCACGUGGAAAGACGAACGAACUCCGAUCAUCACCCAGAGUCAGAACGGACCCUGCCCCCUGCUGGCCAUCAUGAACACACUGUUUCUGCGCUGGAAGGCGAAGUUGCCCGCUCAGACUGAGGUGGUGACCACAGAGGACCUGAUGACUCACCUGGGUGAGUGCGUUCUGUCGGUCACGCCCAGAGAGAAGAGCAAAGGGGUGGAGCUAAACUUCCAGCAGAACAUGAGUGACGCGAUGGCCGUGCUGCCCAAACUGUGCACGGGUUUAGACGUGAACGUGCGUUUCACCGGAGUCUGUGAUUUCGAGUACACCCCUGAAUGCAUCGUGUUCGACCUACUGGACAUCGCCCUGUACCACGGCUGGCUCCUGGACCCACAGAGUCCGGAGGCGGUGGCGGCUGUCGGGAAACUCAGUUAUAAUCAACUCGUGGAAAAGAUCAUCGACUGUAAACACUCAGCGAACAGCUGCAAGGUCUCUGAAGGUCUGGUGGCGGAGCAGUUCCUGGAGUCCACGGCGUCUCAGUUGUCGUACCACGGCCUGUGUGAGCUCACGUCCACCGCCUCAGAGGGAGAGAUCUGUGUGUUCUUCAGAAACAACCACUUCAGCACCAUGACCAAGCACCAGGGUCACCUGUACCUGCUGGUGACAGAUCAGGGUUUCCAGUCUGAGGAGCGUGUGGUCUGGGAGUCUCUUCAUAACGUGGAAGGAGACGGAAACUUCUGCGACUCCAACUUCAGACUCUUCCAGAAGAGCCAGGACUAUAACCGGACUACAGGGACCCGCCUAGACCCGGACUACAACCGGUCUACAGCCGCACAGAUAGACCAGGACUUCCUGGUGGCCGUGUCCCUGCAGCAGGGGGGGGGAGACCCUGUGGCUCUGAGCGACGCUGAACUCGCCCGACAACUACAACAAGAAGAAUAUCAACAACAGCAAAGUACUACAAAUACUGCGAGUACUACACACCAACAACAGGUGUGUGUUUUUGCAGGUGCGUGGCGGCGGCGGCGGCGGGGCUCACAGUCGUCGCAGAGAGAAGGAGUCGGACUGCGUUGUGUUGUAGCUUCAGUUUAAAUGAAGUCUCGUGAUCCUCUCAGUGCAGCGUGUGUGUGUGUGUGUGUGUGUGUGUGUGCAUGUGUGUGUGUGUGCGUGUGUGUGUGUGUGCGUGUGUGUGCAUGUGUGUG